AUGGAACUCAUGAAUGGGGGCGUGCAGGCGGCAGUGACCUUGCUACUCCGCUGCGCCCGGCGUUGCACCCCCCCCCCUCACGCCCCCCUCCCCGAAUGCCAGCGCACGCAAAUGAUCGAGUGCCCCUUCGCCCCCCUAGUGGCGAUCGCCUCCCCCCGCGGCCCCGCUUCCUUCCGCGUCCCCGCGCCGCGCUCCGUAGCGAUUGCGUUAGGUUAUGAUUUGAUAAUUUCUCCCGGGCCGCGAAAGGUU